GUGCACAUGCACACAAAUAUACAAAAUUACUUAGGUGCAAUUAAAGUUUAAUCACUUCUGAGCAGGUUGAUCUUUUCAUGUUAAGCUAGUUACUGGCUGUAGAGCUGUCACUUUACUCUGAGAGAGCCAGAGUGCAGCUCUGCCAUAAGGACACUGUCCUGCUAUAUACUAGCAACUAUGGAACAGAAUUACAUAGUUCUAGCAGGCCUGAAACCUGAGACUGCGAUGCUGGGAAGGCCUAAGUGAAAGGAGUGAAUUCUUCUAUUCCCUCUCCCAAGCUGGCACUCAGAAUGGCUGCAGUGGUAAUGUUGGGAAACAUAGCAGAAAGAUGCACACCUUCACUACAGGAUGUGCAAUUCUUCACUUAGAUUUGAAAUAAUUCUUUUGUAGUACGAUGAUUUCUAAACUGUUUCCUUCUUUCCCUUCACUUCAUCUGAGAUUCAGGGGUUUGAAAUCUCUCUUUAAACAUCCCAUUCUUAGCUACAGUGGCUCCUGACAAAAAAAUCGGUUGGUAAGUUUGGGUUUAAUUUUGUGUGUCAUGAAAAUCAAACUCAGCUGUCUUCUUACCCUCUUCCUGGUUUUGUAAAUAAACUACUUCAGUGAUUUGGAGAAUUUCCAAGGAAGAGGUAGUAUUUUAUAUCUUUGAAAUAGUAGAAUAACCUCUUAUUUAAUUUUAGAAAAAUAUUCUGUCAAGCCUGAAGAGUGAGCAUCAACCAACCAUAAGGUAGAAUCCUUUCUUUUCCCAGUGUCUUCUGGAGAAUCUUCACUUGGUUCAGAGGAAGUUUCCCAUUUUACAUCAUGAUUCUUUAUGGGAGGGUUAUUUUCAUUCUCUGUUUCUCAGACCUCUUCCUGUACAUGGGAACGGGGGAAGGAGCCCAGACGUGGCAACACAUUCUCAGGCUCCUGCAGGACCACCAUGGCUUAUGAUGACUCCAAGAGGAAAGAAGAGUUCCUAGAGAGUGACCGAAGUGUUGAUGAUGGGUUGGCAACUGGCAGGAUACACCGAGAGAAGAAGCGCUCUUACAAGGAUCUGCGGCAAGAGGAAGAUGAGAUAGCAGCUCAGGACAACGAGCGUUCUCCAGGGACAGAACCUCACAAAAAGAAGAAAAAGCACUCCUCUGAUGAGUUCUGCUACAGAGGUGUUACGCCUCUGGAUCUACCAUCAAAGAAGAAGAAAAAAGCAGUUUCUAGCCCGUCCUCAGCCGAUACAACCACGGAUUUACUCAAGGCUGUCACCUCACCUUUGGCCACAAGCUCAAAGUCUUCAAAGAAGACCUCUGAAAAAUCAUCUUAUUCUUCCUCUGGCCAUUCUGAAAGCAAAAAGGAGCACCCCAAGAAGAAGCUGAGUGGGAGCAGUGGGGAGCACUCAGUGGAUGAUGGUAGCUUCCACAAAUCUAAAAAAAUGAAACCUCUUUAUGUGAACACAGAGACACUUACUCUUCGUGAGCCUGAUGGCUUGAAGAUGAAGCUCAUCCUUUCACCAAAAGAGAAAAGUAGUGCAGCAGAUGACGAUUCUUUUUCUUACUCCUCAGCACCAGCAGCUUCAAAGAAAUCUUCAAAGAAAUCAGCUCGAGAUGAGCAAGGCUCAUUCCUGCGAGGUCAUGAAAUGCAGAGCUUUCUGAAGUCAUCCCGAAAGAAGCACAAGCCACCUCCAGACUCCCAUCCACCUUCUGAGAGUUUUGGUGCUGACACCUCUGUUUAUUCAGAGGGCCAUGGGAGCGAGUAUGAGAUUUCAGGUAUGGAGGCUCCACCAGAGUCUGGCUCCUCUUCUGGUGGGGAGUUGGAGGCUGGGGAGCUCGUGAUAGAUGACUCCUACCGGGAAAUCAAGAAGAAGAAGAAGUCAAAAAAAAGUAAGAAAAAAAAAGACAAGGAGAAACAUAGAGAGAAGAAGCACUCUAAGUCUAAAAAGAGUUCUGGGCACAGUUCUGAAGUAACAGUGUCACCACCGCCUCCUCCCAGUACCCACUAUGUUCUUCCUCCACCUCCUCCUGCUGUUUUCCACUCAGAUGGUCAAAGUGAGAAGAGAAGGAAAAAAGAAGACAAGGAGAAAGACAAAGCUGAGAAAUGGGAAAAGGAAAAGGAGAGAGAAAAGGAAAGAGAAAGAGAAAAAGAAAAGGAAAGAGAAAGAGAAAAGGAAAGAGAAAGAGAAAAAGAAAGAGAAAAGGAAAGAGAAAGAGAAAAAGAAAGAGAAAAGGAAAGAGAAAGAGAAAAGGAAAGAGAAAAAGAAAGAGAAAGAGAAAAAGAAAAGGAAAGAGAAAAAGAAAGAGAAAGAGAAAAGGAAAGAGAAAGAGACAGAGAAAAGGAAAGAGAAAGAGACAGAGAAAAACCAAAGAAGAAAAACAUGUCUGCCUAUCAAGUGUUCUGUAAGGAAUAUCGUACGAAUAUUGUGUCUGAGCACCCUGGAAUAGAUUUUGGAGAGUUAAGUAAAAAACUGGCUGAAGUGUGGAAGCAGCUACCUGAGAAGGAUAAAUUGAUCUGGAAACAGAAAGCUCAGUAUCUCCAACACAAGCAGAAUAAAGCAGAGGCUACUACUGUGAAGAGAAAGGCAUCAUCUUCAGAUGGUGCACCAAAAAUAAAAGCUUCUCCAACAGGAGUGAUUUCUCCUCAGAAGAAAUCCCCCACCAGCACUGUGAUGGUGCCUUCCUCACCAGCCAAAGCCCCUGAGACAGAACCUAUUGAUGUAGCUGCACACUUACAGUUGCUGGGUGAAUCUCUGAGCCUUAUUGGACACAGACUGCAGGAAACAGAGGGAAUGGUGGCUGUUUCAGGAAGUUUGUCAGUACUUUUAGAUUCAAUCAUCUGUGCUUUGGGCCCAUUAACAUGCCUGACCACACAACUACCUGAGCUGAAUGGCUGCCCUAAGCAUAUUUUGUCAAACACACUAGACAACAUUGCCUACAUCAUGCCUGGACUUUGAUGGGAAAGGAUCCUGGGAUGUACUCAACCUCUACAUUACUGACUUCGUACAUAUACACUACACCGGCACUCCUGAAGGGCUCCGUGUGUAGGGUUUUAAAGUUUUGUAUCUGUAUAGUAUAUACAUAGGAUUGUAACUAUUUGAUUUCUGUUUUAUGAAAAGUUGUGAAGUUAAGCUGAGAAAAUCCUUUUGUGUUGGUGGGUGAAAUGUCCUCCAAUCUCCAAGUAUUUUAUACGAAGAAUUCAGAAAGCUUUUGAGAUACUCGCCUUAAAUUCAGACUGUUUAAUGGGGAAGCAGCCAGAGAAUGGACUUCUUGAUAUGAAGGAAAAGGUCACCAUGAGAAAGGGCCAUUAAAACAGGUGGCCCAGGUUGGUUGUUGACUCUCCAUCUUUGAUGACAUUCAGAAACUGAAUGAGCAGCCUGCUGUAGUUGGACUUUUUUGAUGCAGGGGGAUGGACUAGAUGACCUCCUGAUAGCCCUUCCAAUUUAAAAGUAUUCUGCUAUUCUUUGGGCACGUAGAGAUGGUAAUGCAUUUUGGACCAAGGAAUACAACUGAACUCUUCACCAGCCCUAUUUCUAAAUGUUUUUCAGUUUAAAAUCUGCCACUUGAGGGGAAAGCUGGAUAGCUGAUCAAAGAUACAAAGGUCUUUGCCUCUUGAUCACUCCUUCUAACACCCUCUUCAGUCAGUAGUAACUGAAAGUUGUCAGCAUCAGCUGGCAUUUGAAGUACAGUGGAAAAUGACAAGAAGUUUAAUCUCUUCUUGUGGACUUGCAUCCAAAUUGUCAUUAGCACGGUAUACCAACCAACUGCAUUGGCCUGAGAGAAUGAACCUCCUGCUGAUUUUUCCAGGACAUGGUCAGCCUGCUUUGAUGGAGAAGAGUGUGGAAGCAGGUGUGAAAAACUUGGAUUGCUUCUGCCCAUCUUACACCUCUUUUGUGAACAGACAACUUUGGUUUCUGAGAUUGCUCUUCCCUUUCACCAGCAGUAUUGACAGAGCCAUGGUGCUGCUGUGAGGCAGUGAGCAGUGACCAGUUUGAAGCAGUUAUGGCUGAGUAAGGCAUAUGUGGGUUGAAUGGAGCAACUCUCCUUCCUUCCAGCCACAUAACUCGGUGUUUGGUUUUCUGCUUCUCUGGAAGAGGACCGCAGGAGAGCAGUUGAUUCUAAUGUAGGCUUUUUUGUGUUUGUGUGUACAUAUAUGUGGUGUUCACAUCAUAUGUAUUUAACUUUUCCCAAUAUCUGUAACAGAUUUUAAUUUAUCCUGUAUAUUUCUCUCUAUAUAUGUGUGUAUAUAUAUAUAUAUGCACAUAAUUUAAAAGUAGAAAUCCCUCCCUCCACCAACAGUGUGGAAAGUACAAAUCGUUUGCCUCACCCCACUUCCUGCAGAAAUCAGCUGUAUGUGUAAGCAUUGGCAUUGUAAGGGGAAACAUCAGGAAGGUUUUAAAGCAUUUACAGAAACAGGCUAUCUUGUGAAGGUAGGUAGAACAACUGAAACUGUAGCCGUUCCAGCCUUAUAGAAGUUUUUAAACGAGAAGAACACUUUUUUACUUUCAGCCUGAAGUUUAGCUUCUGUUUUUUAAGGCAGUUGAAAGUAAGCUGUUCGUCAUUGUGGCUGAGCCCCAAAUCAUGUUUAAAUUAAAUCCUCAGGUGUGCAGGAGAGUUUUUCCUCCCAUUCCUCUUUGCCACAUAUUCCCCAGCUGUGCCUGUACAAGGUAGUCUGUCUCUUACAGAGCUUUUCUCAGUGCAGUGUUAGGAUUUCUCAGUCAGUAGAGGAGGCAGAAGGUUCUCAGACCACCGUAUACUUUCUCAAUUCAAGCUUCUCACCAGAGCAUACAUGUUUUAACACUGUGUGACUAAUUGCAGUGAGCCUGGAAUUGGGAAGGGCCCAGGAGGGAGGCAGUCCCAGUCCUACUGCGGAUCCAGGCCUGUCCUAAAGCAUCUGCUGUUGGGAACAACACAAAAUCACUGGCUGAUUCCAGCCCUUCACAACAGAGCAUUGUGGUGAAGGUGCAGACCUGUUCUCUAAGGAACAGAAGGGGAUCAGCUUUAGCUGUGUCAUCUGUACAAGAAACCUCUUUGACUAAUGAAACACACACAACCCUGGUGUAUUGUAUUUUUAUUAAAAUUUGUACACUUUGUAUAAUCUGUAUCUUGUGGUAUUUGGUACUAGAGGGAAAACUUUGGCAAGACUUGUUUUUAUAUUUUUGUUAUUUCUUUGCUGUUUGAUCCAGAUUACACUUAUACAAAGACACUUCGGUUUUGUUUUUUUUUUUGUACUGUACUUACAAUAUAAUUUUCUUUUGUAA